CUACCGGUCCUGGCGCUGCUGAUGUUGGGUCACGUGACCUUUGUCAUAUGAUUUGAACGGGGGAGUGGUUGCUGCUGUUGCUGUUGCCCGGCGUUAAACUAUUACGGAGUUUUGAACACUGCACACGGCGAGUUCAGAAUUAUUCAGUUUGUUUGCUCAGAUGGUCUUGUCAGCUUAAGAGGAAAGGACACUGAGACAGCUCAAAAAUGAAGUACUGCCCUCCAAACGUCACGCUCGAAGACUUCUGGGUGGACCAUGGCGUGUCGCCGUGCCUCAUGGACACGGUUAUGGCGCCGACCGUCGGAGGAUUCCUCUUCCUCUUCGGCACCAUCCAACUGUGGGUCUACAAAAAAUACGCCACACCAGUGUCUGAAUUCUCCCUGCCGAAGUCCCGGCUGUACGGGCUGCAAGUGUUCUGCCUGCUCCUCUUGCCCGUCCUCUGCGUCAGCAGGUUGGCGUUGCAGGCCUUCUACUUCCACGACGGAAUCAUCUACGGACACAUGAUCCUCUCCGCCGGCCUCAUCGGGUCCUCUGCACUCUAUUCGCUGGUGCUGCUGGUGGUGGAACGGAAGUACAUGCUGCCAUCCGUGCCUGCCAGGGGCCACGGAGUCAUCCUCCUCAUUUACUGGACGCUGCUGUUCGUCUCGGAAAACCUCACCUUUGUCAAUAUUAAGGAGAAGGGUUGGUGGUUUAAAUUGAAAGAUUUGACGGAUGAUAUCGAAAUGGGGCUUUUCAUCGGGCGGUAUAUCGCCUGCCUUUUGAUUUUCAUCCUUGGACUUCAAGCUCCUGGACUCAUGACCUUGAGGGACUAUCUAGACAGUGACACAGCAAGGCUGCACGAUACGGAUGAGGAGCAAGGACAGCCACCGGGAUCGACAUUUAGAAAUUUCUGGAGGAAGAUAAACAUGCUUCUGCCGUACAUGUGGCCCAAAAAGGACUUUCUGCUUCAACUCAGGGUCAUUUUCUGCUUCCUUUUGUUGGUCGGCGGCCGAGCCUUGAACCUUUUCGUCCCGAUUUACAACAAGAAAAUUGUGGACAGCAUGGCCCCGGUGGAAGGAACUUCAAGCCUGGUGUUCCGUUGGGACCUGGUGCUCAUCUACGUCGGCUUCAAGUUCCUCCAGGGCGGUGGAACGGGAGGCAUGGGUCUGCUGAACAACCUGCGCACCUUCCUGUGGAUCCGGAUCUCGCAGUACACAACCAGAGAGGUGCAGGUCGACCUCUUCCGGCACCUUCACAGCCUCAGUCUGCGCUGGCACCUGGCCAGGAAGACCGGCGAGGUGUUGAGAGUGAUGGACAGAGGCACUGACAGCAUCAACAGCCUCCUCAACUACAUCGUUUUCAGCAUCUUGCCCACUAUUGCCGACAUCUUGGUCGCCGUUAUUUAUUUUGUCACUACUUUCAACGUCUGGUUUGGCCUCAUCGUCUUUCUCACCAUGCUUCUCUACAUAGCCGCCACGGUUGUGAUUACCGAGUGGAGGACAAAAUUCAACCGCGCCAUGAAUUUGGCUGACAAUCUGCAAAAAGCCAGAAGCGUCGAUUCGCUGCUCAAUUUCGAAACUGUCAAAUAUUACGGUGCCGAGGACUAUGAGGUCAGCAAUUACAAAGAUGCCAUUCUCUCCUACCAGAAAGAGGAGUGGAAGGCCACCGCCGCUCUCAGCCUGCUCAACACAUUGCAAAAUUUCAUCAUCAGUGGCGGAUUGCUGGCGGGAUCGCUCUUGUGCGUGCACAUGGUUGUGAAUCAUCAAACGCUUACUGUCGGUGACUACGUCUUGUUUUCCUCUUACAUCCUGCAGUUGUACGUGCCGCUCAAUUGGUUUGGCACCUACUACAGGAUGAUUCAAAAGAAUUUCAUCGACAUGGAGAACAUGUUUGAUCUCUUGAAUGAAGAACAGGAAGUCAUUGACGCUCCUGGAGCACCAGGCCUGGACGUGAAGAGAGGUGCUUUGGAAUUUAACAACGUCAAUUUCAGCUACGUCCCUGAACGAGUCGUGUUGCGCAACGUCUCAUUCUCCGCGCCCCCUGGAAAGACCGUUGCACUGGUCGGACCGUCAGGCUCUGGAAAAAGCACAAUUAUUCGCCUUCUGUUCCGUUUCUACGACGUCGACAACGGCGCCAUCCUAAUUGACGGUCAGAACAUCAAAACAGUGAAUCAGAAGUCGCUGCGCAAAUUCAUGGGGGUCGUCCCGCAAGACACGGUCCUAUUCAAUAACUCAAUAAAGUAUAAUAUCAGAUAUGGCAGACUGACCGCGUCGGACCAAGAAGUGGUCGAAGCGGCGCAGUACGCAGACAUCCAUGACAGAAUAAACACAUUCCCGAGCGGAUAUGAUACACAGGUUGGUGAGAGAGGUCUCAAGUUGAGUGGAGGAGAAAAGCAGAGGGUGGCCAUUGCGAGGACCAUCCUCAAAGCGCCUGCAUUUGUCCUCCUGGACGAAGCCACCAGCGCUCUAGACACACAGACUGAGAGAAAUAUUCAGGCGGCGUUGUCGCGGGUGUGCGCCAACAGGACGACGAUAAUCGUGGCGCACAGGCUGUCCACGAUAAUCCACGUGGACGAAAUCCUAGUGCUGCGCGAGGGAGAGAUCGUGGAGCGAGGUCGGCACGAGGAGCUGCUAAGCUUCAACGGUGUCUACGCGGACAUGUGGCAGCAGCAGCUGAAGAAUGAGGACGCCGACGCCCGAGGCUUGGCACUCACCGCCGCCGAAAAAACCGAGACCGUUGCAGAGGAAAAGCCUGCCGGCCACCACCACCAACAGUAGUUUUGUAUUUGACAUUUUAUAUAGUGUUAUUAUACAGAAAGAAAAGCAGUUUGUUAUUGGGAAACUCUGUGUCUUGGCUACUUACGAGUCAUAUUUUAAUUACGCACUUUAAUGUUUGUUUUGAUUGAAAAAAUAGUGUUCCUUGAGACAUUUUAUAAUUUUUUGUUUCAACAUCAUCCUGAUUUUUUGGUAUGUUGAAGGAAUAACUGAAAUGAGAUACCGUUUUCUCGGAAAAUUAGGGUUAAAUGUUGGAGAGUCAGCCUUUUGGAGCUUACAAAAGUGAGAAUAUCACAAGUUCUGAUGAUAACAGAAAAUUAAACCUUGUGCCCACUUAGACAGCCUGACCCUUUAGAUUAAAACCACCUUUUUUUAGUAAUUUUCAAAUUUUCAAGCUGUUUUAAUCUUUUUUUUAAUAUUUAAAAAAUCGUUUCUGAACCUAGGAUUAAAUAUUGCCCUAAUUGUAAGUGUGUCAGAAAAUACCAUCAGAACAGUCAAGAAAAUCGAACCCUGGCGUCAGAGUAGCCCUUGAGCGAACAAAAUCAUUCAAUUCUCAUGUGUAGCCACUGGGCUCUGUAAUAGUUCGAUUUGCAAGAUGUGCACACCUUUGACACAGCCAAGUUGAGAGCUUUCAGAAUUCGUGAAAUUCGACCCUUUGACGAGAUUCGGUGCUCGAUUUUUUGGGAAAACUUAAUCAAAUGCCAAAACAAUCAGGAUGGUGCUAAAACAAUAAUUUAAAAUUGGAAAUCUCUCGCGAUAUUCGGUUGUUUUAUGGAGGCAGUCGUGGUUUUAGUUUAAAAUUUAGCAGAGGGCAAUAAUGUGAUGCAGGAAGACUCAACACAUUCAAGUGAUAUCUCGGAUUUAGACUUUAUUUGAUUGAAAGCGUUUUUAGACUAACCUUAAAAAAGCGACUUUCGAAGAUCUGCCCCAAACGAAUUAUUCUUUGCAACUGUGCCACUUGACGUGUAAAUAAACUCUAAUAUUUUAAACAAUUA